AUGUAUCCAAGCGACUCAACAUACACGUGUGUCUCAUGUGAUGCUACAUGCAAUGGUAACUGCGAUCAAACAACAGGCAAGUGCACUGGGUGUAUCAACAAUUAUGUGUUUGAAGCAACUAAGAGUCGUGUGUGUGAUGCUUGCAAAUCGUUUGAUCAAAAUUGCAAGAUAUGUUCAUCUGAUUACAACAGAAAAUGUGUUGAGUGUGAGAGUGGAUACUAUCCAAAUCAAAGUGGGGUCUGUGUAUUUUGUAACACAACUAUCACAAACUGUAAAUCAUGUAAUUCAAGAGAAAACAAGUGCUUGUCGUGUCAAGACCCGUAUUAUUUGUCAAACCAAACUAGUCUGAGUUGUGCUUCUGGAACUUAUAAAAAAACUGAAACAUCAUGCGAGAAGUGUUACAUUGGCAUCCCAAAUUGUCAAGCGUGCUCAACUAAAACGGUUGGAAUUCCUGUUUGUAUCACGUGUUAUUCACCUUAUCAAAUUAAUACUCAAACCAGUGUUUGUGAUUCUUGUGGAACAAACGCAUUUUACAACGCCACAACAAAGAAGUGCGAAAAUAAUGGGGGUGGCUGUUUGACUGUUUCGAUUCAAGAACAGUGUUUAAGUUGUUCAGAUGGAUAUUAUCUGUCAAAUAACAAAUGUGUAUCGGCAACCAAAUGUGUGGACAAAUCAACACUUUCGAAAGUAUCAUGUGAGUGUUCAGAUCAAAUAUCAGUUGGAUCGGACUGCCAAAGCACUCCAUCAAAAUGUAUAUAUCAAAGAAACUUCAUAAAUCAAAAAGAAUGCAUUCAAUGCGAAGAUAAUAACAUUGUUAAUGAAAAGACUUGCAAUUCUGUUUCAAAUGUAUUGACUCGAAAUAAUGUCAUUUUUGCAUGCGAAAAAGGUAAAUAUUUGAAUGAAAACAAUCAAUGUGUAACGUGUAAAAACAACUCGUCGAUUUGUAUGAAUUACAAAUCAAAAAGUUUAGUACUGUCAUGUGCCAAUAAUUCAAUUUAUAACGUUGAAACCAUGAAUUGCACAAAUGAAAACAAUUGUUUAAAAUACGGCAAAAAUUAUUGUUCGAAAUGUGUUGAUGUAAACAUGGAACUUAAAUAUGGCAAAUGCUCGGUGUGUUCUGUUCCAAAUUGUAAUAACUGUGAAGGUGGAAAGUGCAAGAAAUGUAACAAAAAUUAUGUAAUCCAAACAAAUGGGUUUUGCGUUGAACAAAGUGAAGUUGGUUGUGUCAAAGCUUAUGGUUUUGUUUGUUCACAGUGUGCCGAGGGGUUUUACUUGAUUGACUCGCUUAACAAUGAAGGAAAAUACAAUUUUUGUAUUCCAAUUACUACCACUCAAAUAGACCACUGUAAAUACUCACUGAUUUUACAAUCAAUAUGUGUUGAAUGUUUGGAUUCUUUCAAACUAAAGAAUGGAAAAUGUUCAGAAAAUUUCAUUGAUGACGAAAACGAUGAAAACAAUUUAACCAACACAAAACAAGAAAUAAAAGGUGUUGAAGUUUCAUGUUUCAGUCGUAAUAACAAAGGGUGUGAAAGAUGCAAUUCUGGUUAUCAUUACAACAAUAGUGAAUGUAAAAUGUGUUCGAAUCACUGUGAUAAUUGUUACAACACAACUUAUUGUUUAUCGUGCGAUCCACAGUAUUACUUGUCAUCAACCUUUACAUGUGAACCACUCGGCGAUUUAUUCACAAAAUGUGCAUUGACACUGCCGACGGGUGGUGGAUGUGCUAUUUGCAAAGACCAGUACUUCAAACAAGAAGCUGAUUGUAUUUCUUGUGAUGAGUCAUGUGGUACUUGUGUUGAUAGUACUACUUGUUUGAGUUGUCAAACUGAAUAUUUCAAACUUCCAGGAAGUAAAAGUAAAUUAUGGGUAUCAUAUGACAAUUUGACUAAUUGUGAAACAAAAACACUGAUUGGGUGUCUGUGGUGUGAAAAUGGAUAUUACGUGGAUAAUUACAUCUGCAAAACCCGUUCUGAUAACUGCAUCUCAUGUGACAACUAUCAAAAUUGUAAAAGCUGUGUAGAAAACGAUUAUGUGUUGGUUGACUCGCAGUGUGUGGAUUACAAAAGUGUCGAGUUUUGUUUGUCUGCAAACAAUUCAAAGUGCACAGAAUGUGAAGGAUUUCACGAACCAAGUGAUGCUGGUGAUUAUUGCGUCAAAGAGACAAAUUAUGGGUUGGUUGUUGGUGCGCCAAUGACAGUCACUUUUGUGAUCAUAGUGUUUAUUGUUGCUAUUAUAAUGGUAAUCAUAUCGAUGAUACAAAAGAGAAAACAGAAGAAAAAAGAGCAGAACAUUUGCAACUUUAAGAUGAGUCGGUCCAAUAUUGAGAUGAUGAAUUUGAGUGCGAAUUUAGUAACAAACAAGACAACACUGAAAUUUGAUUUAGACGACAACGAAUUACUAAAAAUUGACAUUGAGACAAGAGAUUUGAUAUGUAUUGGGAAUGUGUCUAAAAGUAACUUGAAAGUUCAAUUCAGUGUGAUGGAAGGGUGUGACUAUUAUGAAAUACGAAGUGUGCCACCACUUGUGACAUUGAAGCCUGGAUAUGCUUGUGAGUUUGAGAUUUUCAUCAAGCCGCUGUGUACUUGUGUUACUAAAGAACAUGUGGCAAUCACGUCGUUAAAUAUAACAACUGGUGUCAUUGAAAACGCUAAAGUUGAAAUCGAAAUCGAAACAGAACAAACAACCAAAUUGAAUUACAGAGAAAUCAUAGAAGACGAGAAGCUUGGCGAAGGCAGUUUUGGAAUUGUCUACAAAGGGCAAUACAGAGGAGUUUGUGUUGCUAUAAAAAAGAUGAAACAACUUGAUAACAAUGAAAAUGGUCUUUUAGAAUUUGAAAAAGAAGUUGCCAUGCUAGACAAGUUCCGAUGUGAUUACAUCAUCCACUUCUAUGGUGCUGUAUUUAUACCCAACAAGGUCUGUAUGGUCACCGAAUUUGCAGGAUUUGGAAGUUUACAAGACUUGAUGAAACACAAAAAGAGUGAUGAAAUUGAUAUGAAGUUGCGAACCAAAUUGUUACUAGACGCAUCGAUUGGUAUUCAAUAUUUACACGAGAAUGGAAUUUUACACAGAGACAUCAAACCAGACAACUUCCUUGUGUUAUCACUUGAUGUAAAUGAAAAAAUAAAUGCUAAAUUGACUGACUUUGGGUCAUCAAGAAAUGUCAAUAUGUUGCAAACUAAUAUGACAUUCACGAAGGGAAUUGGCACACCAAUUUACAUGGCGCCUGAAAUUUUAAAACAGGAGAAGUACAAGAAGAGUGCUGAUAUUUAUUCUUUUGCAAUGACUAUGUAUGAGUGUUUCAGGUGGAAAGAUGCUUAUGACAAAAUAGAAUUCAAGUACCCAUGGAAAAUCGCAGACUUUGUAACUGGUGGAAAUCGUCUUAAUAAAUCCGAAUUACUUAAUGAUGAACAAUAUGAAUUAAUAACAAAAUGUUGGGCUCAUGACAAAGAAGAAAGAACUAAUAUUGAAACCAUUAGAGAAAAGCUUGAAAAUAUGAUUAAGUGA